CACGUAGCGGUUUGAUUGUCUCACACUACUAGAGCCAUAUGUGGAAGGAGGCGCUUGUCAGUCUCCCUCGUCUGGGUCCCCACUGCGAAAAUGGGCAAGGGAGGAGGUCCCUGUGGCCCCGGUAGCUCGCAUUGUCCCUGGGCUAAACACGUCAUCAGCUCCAUGGUAUCAAAUGACUUAUCAUGUGCAAGUAUUCACUCACCACCACUUCACCACCUCCACCACCUCUACUUCCACCAUUAUUGCUAGCUAAAUCGUACUAACCUGGGCGAUUAAUACUCACACAACCUGUUUCAGGUUUUAUCCUCUUCCACACCAUCCAUAAUCCGCUGGCUAUAGUUUUCUCUGGAUUGUGGUCAUCCUAACCUACCUUUUUCGCGCUCCUUUCAGACUCUCUUGCUUCCCUUUCACAUCAUACCUCCUCCUCUACCUGCUCUACUCGUUGUCUCCUGAAAACAGAGUUCGGCUCCGAACAAUCGGUAUGAGCGAGGAUAACGAUGAGUUCGUUUUGCCGGGAUUAGAUGCAGUAGCUAUCCAGCCAAGCCCGAUUCAAAGCCAACAGACCCUUUCUACCCCUCUUCUCCAAUGUUGUGAAUUACUUGUUCGCAACCUUCCCGCCGUUUCUCCGGAGUCCGCCGAGGCCCACCUUAGGAAAGUAGUGGCUGAUCUGCAAACACGAUACGCCAAUUUCAUCAAGGUUGCGGUCUCUCGUUCGUCUACCAGAGGAAAGCCUGUUGAUUACGCCUAUUUGCGUCUUGAUGCCUCUAUGCCAGAAUCAGUCAAGCAGGCCCGUUCAUUAAAGAAAUGGAUUAAGCCGCUUGAAGAGAUGGGUUUCCCGGUCGUAUGGAGUCCUAUGUUUGGUUUGGAUAAUCGCAGGGUCAUCACACUUAAGUAUGAUUCCGAUUAUGGUAACCCAAAGGAGUGGGAGGACCGGGUUAUGCAUGCAAUCGAAGCGAUCGAUAUCGGAGUGCACUAUGUAAGCCUCCACGGUGCUUUUACCUCUGCGCUCCUACAUUCCGAAGCCGAUGUUGCUCUUUUGGUGGACACUGGCCUAACUGUUGGGAGGAAAACUUACAGAGUGAAGGCUAAAGCUUGUGUCCAGCCAUUCUGGCCAUAUGCUGGAGCGGUUGUCGGACUCGCCCGCUAUACUGAAAACUUUGCUCAACAACUGGCUGGCAUUGUGCAGGCCAGAUUUCCUAAUCAUUAUCUGGCAAGUACUUUGGAGCUGGGGAAUAACGUUUUAGUUUUCUACGUCAAAGAUUGGGACACCAUCUCUGAAAUCACCAAUAAUCCUUUGUUCUUUACCGAAUACCUUGCCUCAUUUGGUGCCGAUAUUUCACCCCCGAAACUCCUCUACCACCUCAAUGAGAAGGGCUUCUUUGUUCCCCGGUCUACUGUCGCCACGGUGAAUGGCCCUGCCUACAAGAUGUCUAGGGCCUAUGACCAGCUUGCCGAGCAUCUUCUACAGGCCCUGAUUAUGGUUGCGAGUGCGUAUCGUGUUAUACUCUGCCUUGCGGAGCAGAUGGAACAAAUACUGGACAUUGUGAAUACCUUGUCCGUGGUCGCCCACACACAAACACAUGCGAUCGCUGCAGUCAACACAGCGGUGGCUGCGAUGGUGUGUGCGAUUGGAGGUCAGAUGGAGAUUUCAGGGGUUCGUGAGGAGAUAAGUCUCCUAAUUCGUGAGCGGGAUUCUGCGGAAUCGGAUGCGGAGAAGGAAGCGUUGACCAACAAGAUCAUGAUCCUUCACAAGACGAUUCAAUCCAGGUCUGAUGCGUGCAGCGCGAACCUCAAAGCAUUGGAGGACCUGCAGAUGGGCCUAAGCAUGGCCGUCGAUUCCACGGCUCCCCAAACUAUGUCCGCACAAGCCGAGGACACAGGGACCUACUCUCAGGACCUGGAAGGUUUUGAAGUUGAUGGCCUCUCUGUUGGCAACAGAUACCGAGCCGAUACCUAAGCAACAUCGUAAGGUAAUGCUCUUGGUCGCUUUUGCCACUUUCAUACUUCCAUUAUCCAUUUCUGCCAGUCUUUCACUCCAUCUCUUUGUAUCUCAGGCCUCCGUGCUCACCUCGUUCCGUUUGCUCCUUCCCAGGACGAACUCCCCCCGUCCAAACGUCAUCUUUUUAUGUGUCAAUGUGGUGGAUUCUACUGUCACUUCGCAUUUUCAGUGUGCUUCUUUCAACUCUAUCCGCUUUCCAUGCUUGUACUGUUUCUCCGAUCUCCUAUUGUC